AUGACGGCUGGGCCCGUACCUGCGUGGGGCCGUUUGUUUGAGACGCUACCUCUCCUCAAUCCCGUGCCUCUCUCUCCUCCUCCAAUCCAGUCCUCCCCUCCCCCCAACCCCAUCGCGGGCGCCGCCGGUGCCGCCACCUUGCAUCGGGAGAGCGGCCGCGGGGCGCUGCUGCGUGGAGCGCCGGGAGGCAGCCGACGUGAGCGAGGACGGAGCACGGGCGCGCGGCCGCCGCCACCUCACAUCGGGAGAGCAGCUGCGGGGCGCUGCUGCGUGGAGCGCUCCGCAGGCCGCGUCUUCUCUCACCUCGAGCAGAUCCUUCCGUCUCCACUCAACGCCUCUAACUGGGUGGAGGAGGAGGAGUGGAGCAGCCUCAAUAUCUGUUUAGAAGAUGCAGAAGGCGCAAAAUAUUUUGCUGAUCUGGUUUCAUGCUUACAGACACAAUCUUUUUGGACCAUGGGAUGGCGUAUGGUUGUUGUGCUUGAGAUUCAGCAUUUAGGAGCAUCAUAACUGGCAUUCUUCAAGGAGACAAGUCUGACUCCCUUCUGUAUGGUUCCGCGAUAAUGGCAAGAAGAUAUCUUGGAAUGAGGACUUCGAUGGAAAGGUGAGUCGUCAUUUUUCUUGUGAUCUACAUGAUUAUUCCAUAGGAUUGGACAGUUUUAUCAGUUUGUCUUGACCUCCAUACAUCUAUCUCGUCUACUCUGAAAUUUGACUGUGGAGUCUGUUGGUCAAUUGAGGUUUAGUUGCGAAAUAUAACUGCUAUGAUAGGAGGCUGACUGGUUUAUUGUAUUACUAUUUGAGACUGGCAUCAGCGAUGCUAUAAUUGCAAUGAUGUACUUAAUACCACUAGGUGAAACACUAUUUCCAGUUCCACUGCUCUGUGUCAUUUCUAUCGAUUCACCUGUCGUGCUAUUCAAAGUACCUGGAGGUGCACAAUUGAUUAUGUUAAAGGGCACAUUUUGUAGUUUGUGGCUUUGCCUAGGUUGUGCAACAUUUGUUCUUACUUGUGAAAGGGCAUUACGGAAGUUACACAU